AUGUCAAUUACUCGCGCCGAUCUAGGGUUGUCGUGCCCAAAUAAGGGCAAGUUCUACGUUUGCGACCAAGCAAAGAUCCGGUUUAUUGGCUGCUGUACCGUCGACCCGUGUGUAGAUGGGAGCGGAAACUGUCCUCAGAGUUCUUUGGCAUCGGCGACCUUCUCAUCAGAUCACUACGACAGUAUAUCGCCACAGAGCUGCGCUGCUCCUCAUAACUCUAGCGAGUGGUAUACUUGCAAGGCCGACCAACCACCGUUCCUUGGAUGCUGCGAUAUCAACCCGUGCAGUAAUAAUGGAUGCCCAACGGCAAACCUACUACCAGCAACCCUGAGCGACAAUAACGGCAAUGCGCAAGUCUUUCUCAACACAGGUACCCCUUCCGCAGGUUCUUCUGGGUAUUCUCUUUCUCUGGGCGCGAUACUGGGAAUAGCUCUAGGAUGUGCAGCGCUCGUCGCGAUUGUACUCGCUAUCCUAGCGUAUAGAUGCGGUUGGCUGGCAAAACGUAAGAGACAAGGGAAGGAGGGCGACGGAGCGGCAAGUCAGUACGGCGGUUCAACACCAUACUCCCCUCAUAUGUCACCGUUCCAGGAUGGACAUCGAUCAGGCGAGCCAAGCCCUGGAUUCCCCAAUUCUGGAUUUGCGCCCUAUUCUCCCACCCAUAGCCAGUAUCGCCACCCACAACUCUCACCAGCGCUAUCAGAUUCCUGGCAUGGAGACAAUAGACAUGUCUCGAAUACUUCCGAGUUGAGCGGAUGGAGCUCUGUGUCGCCGGAUAAGAAGCAUCAGUCGUACGCCCCAUUACUAGCGCCAGCCACAGAGCUUGAGGGCCGAGACACGGAACGCCCUGUAAUUGCUGAGCUCCCUUCAUCACCGGCAACGAAUGUCCAGCGAUGA